AUGAACCGUAUGGGCCACCACGUUUACGACAACGACCUUGUAAUCAUCUUCUGGUUCCAUGGAAGGCGGCCUAUAAACUCGUCGCAGCGACGUCUUGCUCGCCGAGAUCGCGUAUUCUCCCUCAUCCGAGAGCACUAUGGCAGCUCUCUCUUUCCCAUCAUUUGGAGAGGAUCAGAUAUCUACAUCACGAUAACCGACUGUGUAGCUGUUCGUGCAACACUACCGGAACUAAUGUCGAUCUUGGAGCGGAUCCGCCUUUUCCAGUACUUUGAACUCUGUGGGAUCAUAGUUUUCGAUCAUCUUGACGGGGAGUUAACAGAGAAUAUUCGAUAUGACAGAGCGGGUGUGGCACGGCUUAUUCGUCUUAAUAAUGAAUUGCGCAUGUACUGGGGGGUCAACCCAUUCGACUACAUGAUAUCCGACUAA